ACGGGCGUCUGCCUGUGCAAGCAUUGCCAACCAGCUGUUCAUUUAUUUCUAGAGCUGAGCCUCCUGCGACCGCUGUUUUAUUAACAUUAUAUUAAAACAUAUUUUUGUAUUUUAUAUUGACAGAAAAUAAGAUGUUUAAAGCGUAUACGCUGCAACUGGACCUUCUUCUAAUAGGUAGAUCAGGCAGUGGAAAAAGUGCUACGGGGAAUUCAAUUUUACGAAAACCUCAAGAGUUCAAGACAAAUUACAACACAAAAUCUAAAGUGACUUAUCCGCAAUACAGUUUGGGUAGAUAUGGUGAACGGACUCUACAAGUCAUUGAAUGUCCAGGGGUAAUUGACACGGACAUUGAAAGUCCUGAAGGCAUCGAAAAUGUCCUGCUUGCUAUACAAAAUGCUGUUUUAGCCAACACGAAGGGUUAUCAGGCUAUUCUGAUUGUGGUCACUUUUGGUCAGCGUUUUCUGAAAGAAGAACUAGAUUGCAUCCAGAUUCUUAAAAUCAUAUGGGGGAAAGAUGUCAUUAAAUCUCAUGGCAUCGUUUUGAUGUGUCAUGGAGACACUUUCCAGCAUCAUGUUGAUACUGAUAAUUUAACAGUCGACAAAUUCUGUGAAAAGCAAGAAGGUCCAUUUAAAGAACUUCUGGAUGAAUGCAACAACAGAAUUGUUGUUUUUAAUAACGUGACAAAGGACGAGAACAUUAAAAAUGAGCAGUUAAAAACACUCAUUCAAAAAAUUGACCAAUUGAAGAGCGGCAUAUACCCAACAGAAACUUUUAAAGAAGCCAUUGCUUUGACUGAAUCACUGCAGAAAGAGAAAAAAAUAAUAAUUGAUCAGAAUUUAAUUUUACAAGACAUACAAGAUGCUAAGCUCAAAGAAAACAGGGUGGAGGUUUUUAGGAAACUCAAAGAAAGAAGUGAAAAAUUGUUAAGUGAGAUUGACACGAAGUACGAAGAAAAAAAGAUUUUCCGGCUUUUAAAGCGAAAUAUCCUAGAGACAAACGCCUACAUUGCUGAGAGGAUUGAGAUUGAAACUACGAAAAUUAACUUUGCGAAAUUUUAUACAAGUAAUAAGAAACUGGAAAAAUUAGAAUGGCAAUUUAGAGACAUUAAACAGGAAGCAAAUGAAGGAUUUUUUCAUAAAUGUUUGUAUCAACUUGAAGAUAAGGGUUGCAAUUUGAUUAAGAAAUGUUUGGAAAAAGUAAAUAGGGAAUUCUAAACAUUAUAAAUUGUUGAGUAUUGUUUUUACUCUUAUAUCAAAAUAGCUCAUCCUUUCUUUUUCUAACGUAUUAUUGAAAUUUUUAAGUUUAUUACUACUCAACUAAUUUAAUAUUACUUGUUUUCUUUUUACGACGUAUUAUUGAAUUUGGAUAUUCGUGUACUAUUAAACAGCACUUUUUAUAGUAUAAACCAGAAAGCUAUAUAAACAUAAUAUUAAUAUAAUUUGUAUGUUAUAUGUUUAUUGCUCUUUCGUAUAAAAUUGUUUCAUUGUUUAAUGAGAUAAAAGACGCAACCUCCUUAAAUAACUAAACAUUCAGUUUAUUUUUAUUUUUACAUUUUUUUUUGCAGUAUUUAUUUGGUAAAAUUAGUUGUAGUGUAUAGCAAACGUUUUCAUGAACAGUGACUGAUUUACUCAGUAAUGGUUUUGUCUCUUAAUGUUUAUAUUUUUUUUUUCUGUGUACCUCAGCUAUUCAAAUACUUAAUUUUUAGUACAGUUAAAUAGACAUAAAAAACAUGGGUUGAUUGUUACGUGACUCACGUUAGGAAAAGUAAAGCGCAGUAAAGGAGGCUGGGCAUAGUGUUGACAGUACCAUUCGCACCCAUGCACUGAGGUCAAGUAACUAUGUGAACUCUUCUUCAUCUGCACUAUGGGUCGUAAGGUUUGAAAGGGGAACUUAAUUUUACUUUUUAAAUCAUGUAGUUGAGUAAACUAAAUAUAUUUUCUUUA